UUUCAUAUAGGGAAUUGUCCCAACAUAACUCGCUCAUUUUGUCCGGAAUUUUAUCAGCUUGUUGAUCGGUGGUUAGCAUUUAAAAACUUCGACACCAAAAAAUAACACACGAUGCAGACGACAACUAUAGUCACCAUUUUGUUGGGGGUCUUUGCGGCCGCUUAUGCUGAGCAAGGCAACUACACGGUCACAGACGAGGCUUGGUUUGAUGUAGAAAUCAAAGAUUUGGACGGAAAGGGCGAAGAUUACAGAGGUAGAUUUGUGAUUGCCGUAUUCGGAGAGACAUGCCCUGUCACUCGCCUCAAUUUCGUCAGCCUCGUCAAGGGACACACACCAGUCCACCCACCCAAACGAAAACUCAGCUACAAGAACACCCCAAUCCACAGAAUUGUCGCUGAUUUCGUCAUUCAAAUGGGUGACAUCACAAUCGGAGACGGAACCGGCGGUACCAGCAUCUACGGAGACCGAUUCAAUGAUGAGAAAUUCACCCUGAGCCACAGGAGCCCCGGAUGGGUCGCCAUGGCCAACCACGGCAAGAACACCAACGGAUCUCAGUUCUUCAUCCUCCUCUCCAGGGCUAGGUGGCUCGAUAACAAGCACAUUGUCUUCGGAAAGGUCAUCCGUGGAAUGAAAACUGUGGAAACCGUCGGCAAUGUGAAGGCAAACCCAGACACCGCCGUCCCAGAAACCAAGGUCACCAUUGUCGACUGUGGGCUCAACAAGCUGGAGAAACCAUACGAUCUCAGCGGUGAUGACCUUGACAGCACAGAAGACUUAUAAAUCUAUCGCUUUAGAAUCAUUAAUUUGUUUAAAAUUUGACUGUUCAUGAUGGUUGGGAAGGAUGAACAAGAUGGCCGAUGAUCGCGUGGUCACAAGUUUCGCCCAAUGGCAGAGCUUCCUGUCAUCCGGGACGCUACUGCCUGUCAUAUGCGGCGAAAGUUAUUUGCUGAAUCAUGAACCAGGGGCCUUCGCGACAGAUUUGCAAAGUUUAUUUGCGCGACCCUUUCAUAGGAUCACAAUCAAGGACUUAAAGUAGCACCCUGAAGUCAGCCCAAUUGAUGAUUCAGUAAAAACAGGCGGCCAUACAUUUGAUUUUUCGUUGGCCACCAUGUUCAUCCAUGUUGUAUGUUGGAGGUCGAUAAUGUUGACUCUUAUAGAUAGUCAUCGGAAAUUUGAAUUCGAACAAAAAGUAUAAGCCUACUCCAGUUCAGUUUUUGUAAGAAAAACUCUGUGAAGAUUAAUUAUUUGUCGUCUGUCAGAUUUUGUUUUGCAUGUUUUGAUCCUGCGGUCAAGCUACUUAGAUGUACAGUAAGUGUUGUUGUAGAGUAGGUCUGGACCCCGGUCUGGACGUAUCACGAGUCCAUUCUAGUCAUUAUCCCUGUCGGACUCGAUCUGAGCUCCUCCUCGACCGAGUAAACAAUACGUAUCGUUCCUUUUAGCGACUUCAAUCGUAAGGAAAUUCAAUUUUGCUCAACCGGUCAACUGGCUCAUACCAUCUGUAUUUCCGGGCUUUAUACAAAUGAAACGAUUGAACGCAUUGAAUUAUUUACAGCUUGAAGCUCAGAUCGAGAAACGACAAAUUUCGCACAUUCACCACUUAGCUUUCGCUUUUCGCACCCAACGCACACCUUCGCUCAUCUUCAUAUGCUACUUCUGUGUCAGAGAACAUUGUUGUGAUCUUUGUACAGAGCACCUGGUCUAAACUGCUCAAGGUUUCAUCAACGAAUCCCCUAAGUGUACGUACAUGUAGUUUGUGUCGAAUAAAUCGUGUAUUAUUUAUUACAAAA